AUGGCUGCUUCUGACGUUAGUAAGCAUGUGUCUAAUCAGCCUGAAAUUGUUCGCCCAAUGGCAAACUUCCUCCCAUGCAUGUGGGGUGAUCAGUUCUGUUCAUUUUCUUUGGAUAAGCAGGAGUGGGAUAAGUAUGCUAAUGAAAUUGAAGUGCUGAAAGAAAAGGUGAGGAGCAUGCUAGUAGCAGCAGGAAGCAAACCAACAGAGAAAAUGCAUUUGAUUAACACACUCGAACGCCUUGGUGUUUCCUAUCACUUUGAGAAAGAGAUUGAAGACCAAUUGGAGCAAAUGUUUUAUGCACGUCAUGACUAUGAAAAUGACGAAGGCUAUGAUUUGUGCACCAUUGCCCUUCACUUCAGAAUAUUCAGACAACAUGGCUAUAAAAUGUCGUGUGCUGUCUUUAGCAAAUUCAGUGAGACCAAUGGAGGAUUCAAGGAAUCCAUUAUUAGCGACGUGAUGGGUAUGCUAAGCUUAUAUGAAGCUGCACAUUUGAGGACACAUGGAGACGAUAUUUUGGAUGAGGCUCUUGUAUUCGCAACCACUCACCUUCGGUCCAUUGCGAUCCAUUUAAGCCCCACUCUUGCAAAAGAAGUGAAGCAUGCACUGAAACAAUCCCUUCACAAGGGGUUCCCAAGAGAAGAUGCAAGGAAUUACAUCUCUGCUUACGAAGAAGAUGAUUCUAGGAAUGAAAUGCUAUUGAGACUUGCAAAGCUCGAUUUCAAUCUAUUACAAUUGUUGCACAAGGAAGAACUAUGUCUCCUCUCAAGGUGGUGGAAAGAUUUGGAUCUUUCAUCAAAACUUCCUUAUAUAAGGAGCAGACUGGUCGAGAGCUACAUUUGGGCUAUUGCAACCUAUUACGAACCUCAUUACUCCCUUAGCAGGAUCAUUUUCACCAAAAUUUUUGUAAUGUUAACUGUUGUAGAUGAUACAUAUGAUGCAUAUGGUUUACCUGAAGAACUCAGACUUUACACUAAAGCAACACAGAGGUGGGACAUGAAGGAAAUCGACCAGCUUCCAGAUUACAUGAAAAUAGUUUACAGAAAUCUCUUAAAUCUGUACAAAGAAUUAGAGGAGGAAAUGGCAAAGCAAGGAAUAUCAUACCGCCUUUAUUAUUCACAAGAAGCAUUUAAAGAAAUAGUUAUGGGUUAUGAAAUUGAGGCUAACUGGUGUAACAAAGGAUACAAGGCGACAUUUGAUGAGUAUAUGAGUAAUGGGUUGAUCACUGGUGGUCAUUUGAUGCUUGGAUUCGCGUCCUUAUUGGGCAUGGGAGAAGUUGCUAACGUUGAAGCAUUUGAAUGGAUGCAAAACAAACCUAAAGUUCUUGUUGCAGCAAACAUAAUUGGGCGGCUCAUUAAUGACAUAGCGAGCCAUGAGGAAGAAGAUCAGAGGGUGCAUGUUGCUACAGGGGUUGAAUGCUAUUUGAAGGCUUAUGGAGUGUCAAAGGAAGAGGCUAUUGAUGAAUUGUACCGAAUGAUUGCAAAUGCAUGGAAAGAUAUUAAUCAGGAAUGCCUUAGACCAACCCCCGUUCCUAUGGCUAUACUCAUGCGAGUUCUCAACCUGACAAGAUUUCUGGAGGUAGUUUACAAGGAUGGAGAUGCAUACACACAUCCAGAACUACAGUUGAAAGAUUAUGUUGUCUCAUUGUUAAUCGAUCCCAUUCCCAUAUGA